GUGUGGGGCGCAACUGGACCUGAAAAGCCACCUGAGCCCGCUCCUGGUUUUGUCCCUGAAAGCAGUUCUAGCACCCGCUGCUCCUCUUCCGUGCCCACGGGCCCCCAGAGCCAUUUGGAAAAGCCUCGGGAGAUUCCGAGGGCUCCCCCGCUGCACCUGCGGUACGAGUCUGUCCCGACUCACUCCUCCUACAGCUUUACCCCCCCUGUCCCACCCGUGAGAACGCUGGAGAGCAAAAUCGCCGCCGCCAUGCACUCGAACAACACACGCUACAGCACCUACACGAACCAAGGGAAGAGCACCUCGGCUCUCCACUCCAAGCCCCGCAGCCGGACGGAGUUCGUGGCCUCUGUGAGCCCCACGGGCUUGCGUAACGCCGGCUAUGCCGAGGAGGCGCCGCCGUACCCCACUAUCCGAAGGGUUCAGUCGCUGCACGUCCCCAGCCCUGCUGCCUCCGCUAUCCGCUCCGUCCCCAUUUCACGGACCGAAGUACCUCCGGACGACGAGCCCGUGUACUGCCCGCGGCCCCUCUACCAGUACAAGCCGUACCAGCCCCACUCCGACUACCACGUCACCCAGCUGCAGCCUUACUUUGAGAACGGGCGGGUACAUUACCGCUACAGUCCUUACUCCAGCUCUUCUGGGUCCUCGUACUACACCACUGCCGAGGGCAGCUUUUACGACCUGGAUCCCUACAGCACCGUGCGUGUCAGGCCUUUCCACCCCCUGCCCAGCCGAGACUUUGCUUCCUACGCUUCCCGGCUGCAGAGCAAAGGCCUGUACCGCUACCCCAGCCUGUCUGCUUACCCUCGGGGCGGCCUCAUCGGUCACCUGGCAGGCAAAGAGCACAGCUUCAUCAGCAGAGACGUGCCUCCCGCUCCGGAUGUCAAGCACAUGUACAUGUCGUGGGACCUGGAGGACAUGGAGAAGUACCGCAUGCAGUCUAUUCGUCGGGAGAGCCGCACGCGCCAGAAGGUGAAAGGGCCGGUGAUGUCCCAGUACGAUAACGUGGCCCCGGUGCUGCAGGAAGAACUGGGAGGACUGGAUGCGAUUCACUUGCGCAGCAAAUCGGAUCCUGGGAAAACUGGUCUCCUCAGCGUGGCGGAAGGGAAGGAGGGGAGGUACCCGGCCAAAGCGGCAACGCCUGAGGGGGACGAACGUUACUACAUGCAGCACCCUGAGCCGGAGCUGGACAGAGCCCACUACCACGGGGCCUACGGGAACGGGCAGUCGGAGAAGCCGUCCCUUCCCCAGAAGCAGAGCAGCAUCCGGAACAGAAAGCUGCACGAGCCGGGCUGCAGCGCCAACGAACACAGGACGCACUGGCCGCAGGAAGCCAGCCACAGGCAGCCUUCCGAAUCCAAAAAUGGGCCCCCUUAUCCCGACUACAGGCCUAAAGGUGGCCCAGAGCCCUCUGAGCCCAUCCCUUACCAGCACCCAGGUGGGAAGUACAUCCCAGCAAACCAGGAGACCCUGAGACUGAACCACAAGGAGGUGAGGUUGGCAGAGGACAGGCCAGAUUUGGAGAGGUCUCGAGCCAGACCGACCACGUCCAUGGAGAAACACUCCAGAGACUGCUACAAAGAAGAGGAACACGCCGCCUCGCCCAUGGCACCCCCGCCCAAGCCCGAACGCAGCCACAGCCUCCGAAUGCAGCAUCCCGAAACCAUGGAGCGGGACUCUGCCCUCCUCUACCCCUACCAAACCCUUGGGAAACGCCAAAGCACUAUGACUGUGGUGUCCCAGUACGAUAAUUUGGAGGAUUACCAUACCAUGCCUCAGCACCAAAGAGGGGGCUACGUUGGAGGAGGGGGGUUUGUGCCCCCAACUUUCACCCACGUGCACAGUAGGACUUACGCCACGGCCCUGGGCCAGGGAGCCUUCCUCCCGACGGAGCUGUGUUUGCAGAGGCCUGAAACAGAGGUCCAUGUGGAGUGA